ACUGAGAGCAGGAGUAAAGUAAGGUAUAAAUAGGAUCUGCCCCUGAGGCUUAAGACCUACCUUUUUGUCGAGCAGAAACGAUCUCUAAGGUAGCCAGCAGUCAAGACUCACACCAACACUCACUUACAACGAUUUCGCUUUGGAAUAUCUCCAUCUCCAACCAACCAACACGGUAGUCAUGUCGACCAACGCAGAAAUCCCGUCGUCGGCCAUCCCGGUAAUCCUCCUAGGCGAGUUCGAGGCAACAGCUAAAGCCUUCAGCGAGGCCGUACUGCCUGAUUUCGAUGUCGUAUACCUCUCCACAAUCCCCGACCUAGCCAUCAAAGCCCUCCCCGGCGUCCUCCGCGGCCAAGCCCCCGUCUACCUGCAACCCGACGACAAGCUCAAGCUCGAGACCGCCGCCAGCGCCCCCAAGGCAAUCGUCGUCGUCGCCGGCCCCGCCUUCGACGACGCCUUCGUGGCCAGCGCGCAGCAGGCCCUCGCCGCCAACGACUUGCACGUGCCGUUCUUCAAGCAGCGCGAGUACGACGGCAACAGCGAUGCCGUCGGUGCCGAUGCGGUCGCGGUUGCUAAAACCGCGCAUGUCGAGGAGUUGGCCGCGCGCGCCGUCAAGGCGCUGAAGAAGGCGGCUGAGGAGGGCAAGUUGGAGGGCGAGGACGAUGGUGUUUAUGUUUAUUAGGGUGGUUUGCUGCGCUACGUUUCGUUCUUUUGGGACAUGAUGUCGGAUGAGAUGAGAUGAGAUGAGAUGAGACGAAAGAGAUUCCUGUGAUGCGACGG